AUGUCAAAAAACUACAAACUCACCUUCAUCACCCCGCUCAAGCAAGACAAUGGCGUAUUCAAGCCGAUAUUCCGACAACCCUACCCAACCCUACCUAUCCGUAUCACGUUGCCGAAAUUCUCCUCGGACACGCUCCCGCCCAUAUCAUCGCGAGUCAUGGUCGAUCGGUUUUUGGCUAGGGUUCAAUACGGCGCUGGGUGUACGGCGGAUGAGGAUUUGUUUAAUACUAUUGGGUUGUCGACGGUGGUUGAUAGCGAAGGGUUUCGCGAGAUUCGGAGUAGUCAUAUGAGCGCGUGGAUUGUGUUGGGCGAGAAUUCUCGGAAGCUGCAGAGUUUCAACAACAACAAUGUCCUUGCCAAUGACAAGGAAGGAAUCAUGAUAAAAGCUAGGACAGCCAAGACGGGGAUCGUCGAGAUUCAAAAUGUUGUUUUCCAGGUCGUCGCAAGGUACCGGAUUGCAGUCGAGUUGCGGUUUGACGACGGACAGGCAAUCGGCAGGACGCCGUGGCAAACCGUGGAGGUUCAGGUUCAAAUGCAGGGGUCGAAAAAGAGUGCAUUUUGUUGA